UUACUCAAUCUCUGAUCUGAGUGUUUAUCUUGCUAUACUGUAAUCAGGACAGCUACACACCCUUGUGUACAAAUUAUCUGUGCAACGUUUGGAAAGUUUGGCUUAACACACCUUUAUUGUUCGCUGAGGACGACAAUCUGUUUGUUCUGCAAAUUUGCUUCUGUUUCUAACCGAUGUGCAUACAAGCUGAGUUGUAUACAUGAAGCAUUAGAUUCUGAACAUGCACAACCAUGGUCUCAUUCAUUCAUUGACGUAAUGUGUGGACUUUCCACUCGUGAACUCCCCAUGAACCUUGACGGUAACCGUUUCAGGUGAGAACAAGAUGGCGGACCCGCCCGCGGGAGCGACCAGUUCGGACGAGCUGGCCGGUGACGACAACCCUUGGUACCGCUCUCCUUGUAGGCACCGCAUGCGUUACGUGUUCUGCGCGUUCUUUCCCGUCGCCUUCGCCUUUGUGUUAUGGGGAGGAAUGACUUUUGCUGGGUCGCAGCAAACUAACAGUUCAGAGAGCAUCAUCCUGCUCGCUUUGGGCUUCUUCUUCCUGUUACUGUGGAUGGUGGCAGUCGGCCACUUCGACUACGCCCAGCGUCGCUACGGAGUCCCCGUCAAAUAUUGCACUCUGGUAGACGAGGGAUCUGAUGAGAACAGUUUUAAAUCUACCGUUAGAAUUUUAGCGCCAUUUGGCAUACUGGGACACGCCCAGGAGGACGCCACGCCUGCGGGAGGCAGUUCUACUGACGGCCGAGGCGCCCAAGCUGCUACAUCGGGAGGGUCUGACGGAGACCGUGGCGGGCACUGCAGGCCCUGGUGCACAGACACGAGCGGCGCAGAGGGGGCUCACGGCGUGCAGAGUGGGGUCGGCUUCAGUGAAAUCAUCGUCAGAGAGGAAAGCGGUGUCGGUGUGCAGCAGGCAGGAUUCCACGCCGGCCAGCCUGAUCAUGAUGUCCGAAUGAGCAUCGAUAUCGCUCACGGGGCACCUCCGCCGUACGACCAGGCAACGGCGAAGUGGGCCAAGGACAAUUCUGCUUACGCCUCUGUCUGUUAGCUGGGUGGUUAAACAACUACAGGAACGCCUACCUGAUUUCGGGUGUAGGGUCGGUACGGUGGCCGUUAGCUGAUGGUACAAAGUCGAAGCAAACUUUCUGACCUUUGCAUUCUACCACAGCAUAACGAAAACACGCAGCAGUCAGAUGACAGUCACAAGAAUGAGUCAGCAUUGGUAGGCAAAGAAGUGGUAGCACCAUGCAUCAAAAUCAUAACUGUAUACUUUAAUUUAGCAAACCGUUGAUAUGUCGAUAGUACUCGAUAGUCUAAUGAAUGAUGUAUAACGCUAGUUCACCUUUAUACGCAGGGUAACCUAUACCCGUUCUUGUUUUUAAAAUAUCAUAUUUAGGGAUAUCGAUUGGAAUAUUUUGUAUUGCAGUUUGAAAGUAUUGCACUUUUUGAAACCACCGUCCGUCGACUUGACAUCCUUAAAAACCCUGUUUCUAAAAAGAACGGAUAUAGGCUACCCCGCGGAUAAAGGUGGGCUAGCGUUGGUUAGACCGAAUAACAUGGAUUUUGCAGUAUGUGUACCUACGAAGGGCUGUUGACUUUGAUCUGGUCUAUUAUUGACAUAGUUCUAUGCUGGGCUUUUUAUUAAAGAGCGUUGUAAAUAUUAGCUUGACUUGUUGUUAUAUAAAUGCUUUACAAUUGUGUUUUUCGGUACUUGAUUAUGUUUCUUGUUCAUUGGCUUGAACAUAACCUGUAGCACGUUGACCCCUAUAUGCAAUGCUUUCAAUCGAUUGCCAUCGCACAAUGUAUGUUGCAGAAUGCUGCAGAUAUGAGUAAAGUUGAAGUGGAAAUGUGAUACAAAUAAAAUCAUGUUUGUAGCGAUUCUUUCUUCGGAGCCGUCAAUAAAAAGCACAUUUGAUCACUUGAUGAAAGGUAAGAGACAUUCCAAUUGUUACAAUUACUAGCACUAGUACUAUACCUUUAUUAUGAACAUGUCAAGGGCAAUAGAAAUAUGAUAUUGUUACUUGUAUACUUUGCAUUUUGAAUAUUACGUCAAUUGUUAACGCGUUAUACUGGCGACCGGGAAUAGUAAAAAAA